AUUGACAAGGCCUGGAUACAAUAUCACGGACUACUCCAUCUUACGCCCAUGGAAUAGCCCACCGGAUGGUUCCGACGAGCAGAUUCAAGAUCGAAGCCUCCACGAUAUAAUAUCUUCUCCCUCUCUCAAAUCUUCAGUUCUAAUCCGUCAAUACUAUACUCCAAUUCCAUCAUGCAACGCAUUGUCUCGAGUUCCAUGCACGUGAUACAAUCUCUUACAACAGCAGCCGGCCGACAAUUUCGUCAUCGCUCGUUCUUGAUUAACCUGAAAGCUUCAAUGUCCUCGGUAUCAAGAGCUCGCGUAGCUGUGCUUUACCAAAGUCUCGACCCUCCCGUUAUUGAUGGGAUUCAGAAACCAAAGAAGCCCGGAGGUUACAUGGACUCCGGCGCCGAUAUCGCCUACAACUUGAGCCUAUCACCGAACGUCGAUGUUAUCUGCCCUCACAAUGAUCCCAACCCAAGUGAACAAGCUGGAUGGUCGUUUCCCGAUACCGAGGAUGGUAUUCUAGAGGCUGUCAAGAAGGGUGCAAGCCAUAUAUGGGCCAACACGAUCCUCUUCUCUUCGCAUCCUCUUCAAGUAUCGGCUCAUCUCGCUGAGCAUCAAGACCAUGUUAAAGUUGUGGGGCAAGGCCCGUUGAUUGCUGAACGAUAUGACGACAAAGAAUUUGUUAACAAUCUACUGCGGAAACUUGGCGGGUUUACUAUGCCACGAGCAUGGACCAUAAAUGAGAGCCAAGGUACUCAAGGGAUUCUCGAGAAGCUUAACCUCCCUUUCCCGAUUGUCGCAAAGCCUAUACGUGGCCGUGGCAGCCAUGGCGUUCGUGUCUGUCGCAGCUUGAAGGAACUCAUUGAACAUGGACAUGCCUUAUUUAAAGAGUCACCCUCUAUCAUGUUGGAAGAAUAUCUUGCCGGCGAAGAGGCGACUGUUACGGUUAUGCCGCCUAUCUCUAGAGGAGGUAGAUACUGGGCAUUGCCUGUUGUGACGCGUUUCAACCACAUCGAUGGCGUUGCUCCUUACAAUGGCGCCGUCGCAGUCACAGCAAACUCAAGGGCGAUAAACGCCGCGGAGGGGACCCAGGCAGCAUACAAACAGGUAGCAGAGGAAUGCGAAAGGGUGGCACAAGAGUUGGCAGUGACAGCGCCGAUUCGAAUUGAUGUCCGCAGAUUCAAGAACUCGGCCGACUCCAAGUUUGUCUUAUUUGACGUGAACAUGAAACCGAAUAUGACGGGUCCUGGUCGGCCUGGGCGCGAGGAUCAAGCAAGUCUCACCUUGUUGGCUGCAGAGGCUCUGGGUUGGGACUAUCAAGAGUUGCUGAGGCGCAUUUUGGGUACCUCGUCCACGUUGAGGACGCUCAGAGACCUAAAGCCUCGAGAAUCGGUGUGAAUUGAUAUAAAAUGAUAUAGUCACAGAUAGUAGUAGGUUAAAGGUUGUUCGCAGUGGCUUACUACUGAGCUGUACGCAACUGGAGGAAUAGCAAUUAUGGCGCGCGUAGUUGCCUCGGUCGGGCCUUUUGCGUCGGGCACUCGGGGCCAUAAAAUUCCGACAAAAGAUGCUGCUUGCUAUUUGCUUUGCCUUGGGUUUGUCCUGGGUCGGAAUGAG